AGAUAAGGUGCAGGGUGUUUGUAUAACAAACAUUUAUCUUUGUGGCCUGCCUUGCUAUGAAAUAAGAGACGUUUAACCUCAUUCUUGCUAGCUGGGAGUACACGCUGUGUUAAACAGGGAUUUCUCUCCUCACCGAGACACGGAAGACAGCUAAAGUGACAUCAGUGCAACUGAAUAUUGAUAUUGUUAAGGGUGUUUUGUACACUUUAUUCUGCUGGAGACGAUGACUGCGGUGUCUAUCUCUGUACGGAGACAGGCACCUCCCCCGCCUCUACGGAAACAUGGAGACACCCCCAUACUGCAGCUGAAUGAAAUGCCUCAGCUGGUUCAAGCCUGUUUCCAUGGAGACGCAGACGAGGUGAGAGCUCUUCUGUAUAAGAAGGAAGAUGUCAACUACCAGGACUCAGAAAAAAGGAGCCCCCUGCAUGCUGCGGCAUAUUGUGGAGAGGCGGAGAUUUGUGACCUUCUUAUUCUCAGCGGGGCCCGAGUGAACACCAAGGACAACCGCUGGUUGACACCACUUCACAGAGCUUGCUGCUCCAGGAGUGAUGAUGCAGUGGAAACCUUGUUACGCCAUCAAGCCGACGUCAACGCCAGAGACAAGAACUGGCAGACACCCCUCCAUGUUGCUGCAGCCAACAACGCUGUGAAAUGUGCCGAGUACAUCAUUCCAUUGUUGAACAAUGUCAAUGUUUCUGACAGAGCAGGGAGAACUGCACUGCACCAUGCUGCUUUUAAUGGACAUGUUGAGAUGACACAGUUGCUGCUGGAGAAGGGAGCAUCCAUUAAUGCAUUUGAUAAGAAGGACCGGCGCGCUCUGCACUGGGCAGCGUACAUGGGGCACGUGGAAGUGGUUCGUAUCCUCAUCCAGCACGGAGCAGAGCUGAACUGUAGAGAUAAACAGAUGUACACCCCCCUCCAUGCUGCUUGCUGCAGUGGUCAGAUCAGCGUCAUUAAACUCCUUCUGGAGCUCAGUGUGGAAGUGGACGCAGUCAAUUCCUUUGGCAACACGCCAAUCCAUGUGUCCUGUCUGAAUGGUCAAGAUGUGGCGGUCAACGAGCUGAUCAUGUACGGGGCCUCGCUGAACUCUGUCAACAACAAGGGACAGACACCGUUGCACUUUGCUGCUGCCUCAACACACGGCGCCAUGUGUCUGGAGAUACUGGUAAACGAGGGCGCGAACAUGAACGUGCAGGCCAGAGAUGGGAAGACUCCUCUCCACAUGACAGCUCUCCACGGGAGGUUUGCCAGAGCACAGACUCUGAUACAGCAUGGAGCCAUAGUAGAUGCUGUGGACAAGUCAGGUAACUCGGCACUUCACAUUGCCGCCAGAUACGGCCACGAGCUGCUGAUAACUACGUUACUGGCACACGGAGCUAGCCCACUGAAAGUUGUGGAGCACUUGUUGAGGAGUGGUGCCAAGGCUAACAUCACUGAUGCUGAUGGUUACACCGCUGUGCAUUAUGCUGCAGUGAACGGAAACAAACUGGCACUGGAGAUGCUAUUGGAUGCCACUGCCUCGGAAUCUUUGAACAGAACAGCCACCCUGCCUCCCAACACACCAUUGCAUUUAGCUGCUUUUAAUGGUCAUGAUGAGGCUUUAGCAGUUUUGGUCAAUAACUUCAUGAACUUGGAUGUCAAGGAGAAAAAAGGUCGCACUCCCCUUGACCUUGCUGCCUUCAAAGGUCAUGCCGAAUGCUGCGAGAUUCUGAUUUUACAAGGUGCCAACAUCAUGGUCCAGGAUGAUGAGAGCAAGAGAACCCCAGUCCAUGCUGCUGCUUACAAUGGUCACACUGAGUGUUUGAGAACUCUACUCCAGAAUGCAGAUCACAAGGAGAUAGUGGACUGCACAGAUGAACAAGAAAGGACCCCACUGAUGGUAGCUGUAUCUAAUGGUCACGUAGACUGUGUUCUUCUACUGCUCAGUCAGGGUGCUAACAUCCACAGCACAGAUAUCUUUGGGAGGACAGCUCUACACAGAGGGGCAGCAUCAGGUCACGAGGAAUGUGCAGACGCUCUGUUACAUCAUGGUGCCGAGGUAAACAGUCGGGACUGUCAUGGACGCACACCACUCCACCUAGCAGCAGCGUGUGGUCACGUGGGAAUGCUGGGAGCUCUGAUGGAGUCUGGCUCCCCUCCUGAGAAUCUACUGGAUAAUAAAGGCUACAGUCCACUGCAUUGGGCCUGCUAUAAUGGUCAUGACAGUUGUGUAGAACUGCUAAUGGAGCUGAAACAACUGAAAGAAUUCAACGGCAACCAGUAUACACCUCUACACUGUGCUGCAGGUAAUGGUCAUGACACCUGUACAGAGCUGUUACUGGAGACACUGGGAGAAGCCAUCAUUGGCAAACAAGAUGGCAAAGGAAGGACUGCGCUACAUGCGGGUGCCUUUGGCGACCAUUGCGACUGCGUACAGAUGUUAUUGGCUGCGGGCAGCGAUAUUAACAAAAUGGACGCCCUGGGUCGGACACCCCUCAUGUUUGCUGCCAUGAAUGGCCAGAGCUCUGUAGUUGAGAUGCUGCUUCAUAACCGAGCUGAUGUUACUUUGGUAGAUGAUGAUAAAAACACUGCCCUCCACCAUGCCUGUAUACAUCGCCAUACACCAGAUGCCCUGCUAAUUCUGGAAAAGUUAGAUGAUUCUGACGACGUCCUCAACUUUGCCAAUAAUGAACAGAAAACAUGUCUCCACAUAGCUGGCCGCCAUGGUAUGGUGCCGGUGGUACAGACGCUGAUCAGUAAAGGGGCCAGCGUGCUUGCUGUGGAUGAGAACGGCUACACCCCAGCCCUGUCUUGUGCACCAAAUCCACAAGUAGCAGACUGUCUGGCCAUCAUCUUGGCGCAGAUGUUACCUUUCACCCCGGGGACCACCAUGAGGUCAGGACGUCUGGACAUUACCAGCUCUCCAGGUGGCUCGAGGAAUCUGGACACCAGUGACCAGGGCUCAGUUGGCCGUAAUCUGCAGGACACACGGGAACUCUCCGGGUCUGUACAGAGCUCUGACUCCGAGUUUUAUUAAUGAGGUGGACAAAGGUGACCAUAGAUGGACAUUGGUGACCACUGAUGGACAAAGGUGACCACACAUGGACAUUGAUCAGUAUAGAUGACCGCAGGUGGCCGAAGGACAUCGGUGACCACAAGUGACCAUUGGUGGAAGAGUAUGACCACUUUAUAGAAGCUGAAGAAUUCCAUACAUGCUUGCACCAGACUUUGACAAGAAAGUUUUUAAUGAGAUGAACAUAUAAUAUAAACACUAAUGAUUUGUACAUUUUAAGUCAGCAUAGAGGACUCCAAGUCAGUGAAUUGCUGAGGUGUAAAUUUUAUAUAUAAAUGAGAUGAACAGGGCUCUUUAUAAUAUCAGAUGUUAAGGUGUUGUUAACUGAAGGUCAACUUGAUAUGCUAAGACAAGGAUUGUGAAAUUGUAGAAGUCUAUUAAAAUGAAUUCCCAUCAAUGAGAAUGAAUUUUCAGUGACUCUGACUGUAAUGCCGAGAGUAAACCAUAACCUCUUGCUGUUGAAUCGACUGUUUGGUGGAGAAUGUUGUGUCUGAUUACAUAUCAAAGUAAUAUGUGUUUGAGAGCAGAGAUUUGUUGCAAGCUAUCAGAGUGUAAUUAAUGACCUGUGAUUCUGGUCACAAUGAGAACAUUGGACAAAUAUAGGUAAUAAUUGUGAUAUUUAAGAUGUACAGUUUCAGAGCUUGGACCUUGAUAAGUCAUGGUGCAACUUUUCACCAACAUUCCUGAAACUUAAAGGUUAUUAGCAAAGCUUGGGUUUUACUAAUUUUAAAGCUGAGAUCAUUUUUCAGAGCUAAGAUGAUUGUUAUAACUUCCAUGUCAGUGACAGUAGAAUCAGUUAUUCAAAAUACUAGAGUUACAGAGGGGAGAAUAUAGUAAUUGCAGUCUAAAUGCCAACUUUUCUCUGUUUGUAAAGAGUAUGUGAUACCGAUAGAUAUGGAAUUGAGCAUCUUAGUGUAUUUUAACUCCAGAUUUUAAUUUAAAGUAUCUGUGUGUGGAAGCCUGGAGUAUGCAGCACUGCAGUAGACAAGAGUGUGACUUAUUUUAGUCUGUGUAUAGUGAGUCCGAGACUCUUCCAGACUAAAACUAUUAGCACUAGUAGGGACAAGUAGGGAUAUUAUAUUAUAUUGAAUUAUACAGCAACUAAUUGUCACAAAUUGUAGCAUAAUAUACUAUUAUUAACCAAUUUCCUUCACUUUAGACACAUUAAUAUACAGUAUAUAUAGUUUUAAUUGUCACAUAAAGCAUAAGCAAGCAGUGCAUUUUUGCAUAGUGGCUUACUAUUGAUGGGUUUUAGUUUUAAACACACAGUAUGAGGAAAUAUGAUUUAAUGUUAAUCGUGUUGAAAAGUUAAUAGUUUCUAAAGAGACAGCAUGCUUUCCUACCGAGGAAGCAUGACGUCACAAAGGUCACAUGAUCUCAGAGAUCACAUGACUGACACAUGGGUGAGUUCUGGAUGCUAGGACAUCACAUCUCAUUAGAUAUUGUUUAUUUUUCAACAAUGGUCUAUGUGUAAAAACCAUUCCAGCCACGAAAAAAGGCAUUUUAUGUGCAUGUCCACAGAGAAAAACCUUUGUAUCAAAGUUUAAUGUUAUUCAGUGUAUUUGGUCAUAGUUGGAGAACUGAAAUGUGAGAUUAAGGCCUUAUCCACAUAUUUAGAUGGCCUGUACAUUACCUGAACCUUUUUUCUCCUAAUUUUAAAGAUGUACUCACUGAUCUGUGUGCACUUGUUGAAUAAACGUAAGAACAGUAUGAUUCCAA